AUCAUCAAUUACAUAUUCUAGAAAAAACACGAGGUUCUUGUUUUGGACUCUGUUCUUUAUUUAUUUUCUUCUUCAAUCUUAGUGUUGAUAAACAAUGGUUCAUUAACAAAAACAUCAUCGGGUUUGGAUCUUCUGUUGUAUCUUUCUGGGCUUGAAAUUUGAAAGAAUAAUAUGAAUCCAUAUGAAUUCACGAAUACCUUAAUGAACUCCACCGUGAGAUAAUGAAUCUCAUAUGCAAAACUGAGUGGGAAUCACUUGAAAUAAUAGACCCAGGACCUUGGCCACGGUUUUUCUUGAUAAAACUUUACUCUUCAGCUCAUAAUAUCGGUGAGUUAGUCAGUCUUUGACCGCAUACAGAAUCAAGAAACAUACAUCGAUUUUUGGAACGAAAUGUUUUUGCUUAUUGUGAUUAUUCUGAUCAUUAGCUUUAUUUUGUACGAAGCGAUUGCACUUUUACCAUCUUUUCUUUAUUGGAAGAGGAAGAAAGUUAGUUAUAUUAGCCUCCAGAGCACGCUGAAGAGGAUGAUUUUCAUGGAUAAAUCAUAUUUCGAGAUGGUGCGAGAUGAUUGUAAGAAAUUUGCAGGAAAAAGGUAUUUCGGUAGUUACUUGUCCAUCUACCCAGCCCUCUACGUGACAGACAUCGAUCUAAUCAAACAGAUGUUCGUCAAGGACUUCGAACACUUCACAGAUCGUUUCGAUCUACUCAAUGCCCAGUCUGACCCCAUAAUCAACAAGAACCUUCUAGCGGCUAGGGGUAAACAAUGGAAAGAACUCAGAACAACUGUCAGUCCCGUCUUCACCAACUCCAAAAUGAAGGCCAUGUUCGUCUUGAUAGCGGAAUCCGCCAGAAAGUUCGUUGAACACUUUGACGCCAUGGAUGGCGACACCAUUGAGGUAGAGAUGAAGGAGGCCUUCUGCAAGUACACCAACGACGUCAUAGCUUCCUGCGCUUUCGGUGCACAGUGUGACUCGUUGAAGAACCCUAAGAACGAGAUAUAUCUCGCUGGAAAAAUUGUAACCACAACCACACCUUUCAAGGUCUUAAAUGUGCUGUUCGUGACGCUUUUUCCAAAGUUCAAUCGGAUUUUUGGCCUUAACGGAUUCCCCAAAGGAAUUUCCCACGUUUUCAAGAGGAUAAUAACACAGACCAUCCGUACCAGAGAAAACGAGGGUAUUAUAAGGCCUGAUCUCAUCCACCAACUGAUGGAGGCUAGGAGAGGGAAGCUACAACAAGAAAACUCCAACUCAGAUGAAGUCACAGGCUUCGCAACAGUCUCAGAAAGUAAAGACCUGAAGUCUAAGUCUACUCUGGAGAUUACAGAUGACGUAAUCACUGCUCAGGCCAUCAUAUUCUUCAUGGCUGGGUACGAGGCAUCCUCAACGCUCCUGAGCUUCCUCUCCCACGAACUAGCAACAAAUCCCGAUGUCCAACAGAAGCUGAUCAGGGAAAUCGAUGACCAUCUGUCAUAUUCCGACUCUAUUUCCUUCGAAAUGGUUACUAAAAUGAAGUAUCUGGAUCAGGUUGUCACGGAAGCUCUGAGGAAAUGGCCUACGGCUUUUAUUUUGUUCAGGAAAUGUACGAAGGAGUACACCAUACAGCCUAAACAAGAGGGUGAAUUUCCUCUGACCCUACAGAAAGGUGCCUUGACCAUUAUACCCUUUGUUGCGACUCAUUACAACGAAGAGUACUUCGAGAAUCCAGACGCUUUUAUUCCAGAAAGAUUCGAUGACGAGAAUAAGAAGAAUGUUAUACCAGGAUCUUAUACACCUUUUGGAAUUGGACCAAGAAAUUGUAUUGGUUCUCGCUUUGCUCUACUGGAGAUAAAAUGUCUGGUAGCCAAUAUCUUGAGCAAAUUCGAAUUCCAAGUGACUGAAAAAACCAAUAUACCCUUGAAACUACACAAAACUUUGCCGAUGAGCAUAGAUGGAGGUGUUAUAUUAUCCUUGAAGAGGAGAAAUGUUAUAAAAGAAUGAAAAAUAAACCAUCAAUGCACCUUCGAUGUAAAAUAAUUAAAUAAAUUGGUAU